ACAAACAUAUUACCUAAUUUAUUAAAACACACAAACAUUUUUAUUUAAGACCAAAAAUUGUUAUUAUUUUUAUUUAAGACCAAAAUCUCAAUCAUUCUCGUCAUGCCACGUAAACAAAGAACACUCCUAAAAUCUGUUCUUAUUUAAGACCAAAAAAUAUGUUCUAAACACAUUAUUCAAUAAAUUUAUUAAUUUAUUAGGUUAGAACAGCCAAACUGCCAUUGCUAAUGACCUUAUAGUGCUAUCUAUCGUAUUCUAAAAAUAUACUACUAUACAAAAUUAAUAGAUCCGAUACAGCUGUCCAGAUAAAAGUGUUAACAUUGUCCCAAAAAAUAUCUGUUAAGUCUUAGUUUUUCAAGUCUCUAAUACUAAUAAGAAGUUGGUUAGAGAAAACCAGAAAUAUUAAUUCAAGGUUCUAGAAGGCACAUUCUUUUAUUUAGAUAGUUUCUCAUAUUUAUAUAUAUAUAUAUAUAUAUAUAUGUAUUUGUCUUGGUGGUUCUUGUUGUAUUGUUUUUAUACUCAAAAUAUUAAAGAAACAUGAGCAUCAUCACACACACAUAUUUUAAACAUGAAGUGCUAGUCAUCUGAUAGAAAUUAGUUGAAAAUCAUGUAUAUAAGUUACGAUGUCCACACAUAUAAUUAGUUAUUUGAUAAUGCUUUGUUUAAUUAGCGAGUGAUUGUGUGUAUUCGGGUUUAGAUCUUAGAUAUAUUUAUUAUUGAUUAGGAAAAAGAAAAAUCAAUAUUUAAAUCCAGUGCAGUCUAUAUAUUAGAGAAAAGACUGUUGACUAGUACAAAUCUUACUAUAGAGGCUAUAGUUGACCUGCACUUGUCCAAAAACACUCAUUAACUUUACCACCUACCUCCACAACUUAAAUUUAUCCCUCUUCUUCAUUAUUGCUGCUACCAAAUUUUUAUAAGUAUCAUCUUUCUUUAGUUAGACCAAAUUUUUGUUUGUGACCAAUAUAUAUCUGGCGGUAAAAGCCAUUGACAAACUUUAGGUUAUACUGAAUUUCAGGUUUUCUACAUAUGCGGUAACUUUUUUUUAAUUUUUUUGUUUGUUUUCUUUCCUACUAGUCUUAUUGCAAACGUCAUGCGAGUACCUACGAGUUGCAAAUAAAUAAAUAAAAACAAAUUUACUAGUUGUAUAAUUAAAUGGGUAGAAGUUAAAGAUCCAUUUGUCUGUCAUUAAAUAUAAACACCGUCGAAUUGACAUAUAUAUAUUUAUAUCUUCAAAACUAGCUUAUUUUGUACACACUAAAAGAAAUUCGCAUAAUGUAAAAAGGAAGAGAUCAACGUAACACAAAGUUGGUAGAUAAUUUCAUAUUAUGUAUACACUGUAGCGAUUACUGUAUGUCUGUAUAUAUGAACAUGACAUUUCUUUGAUUAUAAACAUUUCUAAGCGAUAAAUAUAAAAUUGUUGUCAUGAUUUUUUAAAAAUGUCAUAGCUUUCUCAAAAGACCAUGAUGCCAUAUAUGUCAAGCUUCUCACUUAUUGUACCAAAACGAAAGGCCACCAUACACUACUCAUUCAAAUCCAUCCCACCAACUCACAUCUAGAAGCAAUUACAAGUUCAACUCUCUUUCUCUCUCCUCCCCUAUCAUCUAGAAGCAAUAUAUAUGUGUGUGUAUAUAUAUGUAUAUCCUUGUCUAGCUUUAAGUCAAAACCCUAUAUAAACUAUACACCAAAGCUUUGAACAUUCAACCAAACCCCAAAAUCCAAGUGCCCCACCAAAUGCUUCAAUCCUCUUCCACUAGACAAAAAAAAAACAACUUAAUCCCUUUAUUCCCUUUUAGCUAGCCAAAACCCUCAUCAAUAAAAGCCAAUCCCCAAUAUAUAUAAAAUAACAAGAAGAAUUUGAUCAUAUUGUCUAUAUAUAAGAUUUUGUAUCAGUACAUCAAGAAAUAAGAUCUCUAGAUAUACCACAAGAAAAAAAAAAAAAGGAAUGGGAAGGUCACCGUGUUGUGAGAAAGCUCACACAAACAAAGGAGCAUGGACGAAAGAAGAGGACGAGAGGCUCAUAGCUUAUAUUAAAGCUCAUGGCGAAGGCUGCUGGCGAUCUCUUCCCAAAGCCGCUGGACUUCUUCGGUGUGGUAAAAGCUGCCGUCUCCGGUGGAUCAACUAUCUCCGGCCUGACCUUAAGCGUGGAAACUUCACCGAGGAAGAGGACGAACUCAUCAUCAAGCUCCAUAGCCUUCUUGGCAACAAAUGGUCUCUUAUUGCCGGGAGAUUACCAGGAAGAACAGAUAACGAAAUUAAGAACUACUGGAACACACAUAUAAGAAGGAAGCUUAUAAACAGAGGGAUUGAUCCAACAACUCAUAGACCAAUCCAAGAAUCAUCAGCUUCUCAAGAUUCUAAACCUACACAAGUAGAACCAGUUACGAGUAACACCAUUAAUAUCUCCUUCACUUCUGCUCCAAAGGUCGAAACGUUCCAGGAAACUGUAAGUACUUUUCCGGGAAAGUCAGAGAAAAUCUCAAUGCUUACGUUCAAAGAGGAGAAAAACGAGUGCCCAGUUGCAGAGAAGUUCCCAGAUUUGAAUCUUGAGCUCAGAAUCAGUCUUCCUGAUGAUGUUGAUCGCCGUCAAGGCUUAGUGGGACGCGGGAAGUCAACAACGCCACGUUGUUUCAAGUGCAGCUUAGGUAUGGUAAACGGCAUGGAGUGCAGAUGCGGAAGAAUGAGAUGCGAUGUAGUUGGAGGUAGCAGCGGGAGUAUCAUCAAGGGUACUGACAUCAUGAGCAAUGGAUUCGAUUUUUUAGGGUUGGCGAAGAAAGAGACGACCACUUCUCUUUUGGGUUUUCGAAGCUUGGAGAUGAAAUAAUUUCAUUUUUUUUUUAGGCGUAACUGUACAAAACUUUUGCCUAGAGAAGGUAAAAUCUUCACUUUGUAUGUGAAAAAAAAAAACUUCACUGUUGAAUUUAAUAUAUAGAAUAUUUUU